GAAGGUUCUAGGUGAACCGCGACGCGAACAUGAUGGUAAAACAGCUGUUUGCCUUUCGGGUUUUGGUCGCCGGAAACGCACGUGCAAUAACUCUUUAAAAAUGCACUCGUACCUCCAACAAUGCAGAGGAGUUCUCCAACGUGCGACACGCAAAACAGUGGUUAUCGGUAAUGAGAGCUGUGAUCUGGAUUCCGCCGUAAGUGCCCUGGCUUUUGCAUAUCACUUGCACUGCACACCGGAACUCCUAGGACCACGGCAUACGAAGGAUACGGCCAUAAUCCCCGUUCUAAACGUGGUGCGCAAUGAAUUACCCCUGAAAACGGAGGUCACGUACUAUCUGAAGCAGCAAAAGAUAGCUCUAGACGAGCUGAUUUGCAGCGAUGAGGUCCAGUGGGAAAAUGAACCGGACACUCUGGACCUCGUGCUAGUGGAUCAUCAUAUGACUAAGCUGACCAACCAUCGUAUUGCCGGGAUUGUCGAUCAUCGUCCCGUUGACGGUGCUGCACAGUUCAAGUCAGACGCGUUCCGUACCAUCGAGUUGGUUGGCUCCUGUGCGACGCUGGUUGGCAGGGAGCUGAUGAAAAUCUUCCAGGAAAACCAGGUAUCUGGGUAUGCGGAUGCCCUCGAGCUUUUGUAUGGUGCCAUCGUGUUAGACACGGUCAAUUUCUCAAAAGAGGCAGAUAAAGCUAAACAGCUCGACCAUGAAGUGGCAGAAUUCAUCGAGAAGAAUGUGAAGAAUAUUGGGCCCCAGGAUACCUUUGCCUAUCGAGAAUCAUUAUUUAAAUCCCUCGUGGCGGCACGCAGUGACAUAUCCCAGCUCAAUGCAUAUCAGCUGCUUUUCAAAGAUUUAAAGAUAUUGAACCAAAACGGUCGAAUCGUAUCGCUGCCCGGUUUUCCGAUGGCAGUGCAAGAGUAUCUCAAGCUGAGCGAAUGUAGUCAACAUGUGAACCAAUUCGCGUGCAGCACUCAAAGUAACGUAGUACUUCUUCUCGGAAUGAAGGUCCUUCCCGACGGAAGCGUUCGACGUGAUAUAGGCAUUAUCCCGAUUGACGAUAAACCGUUGGCAGAAAAGAUAAUUUCCGCUCUGCUUGAGGACAAUGCUACAAGUUUCGGAUUAGAGCGAAUUGAAACUGAUUUUGCGAACGGGGCAGUCUUUUUCCAGCAGCACAACCUGAAGGCAUCUCGAAAGCAAUUAAUACCGAUCGUCAAAAAUGUUCUCGAUAUUUUGUAACAAUCGAAAGACCGUAACAAAUGUAUGAAAGACCAUUAAAAAAAAUUUCCUUAACUGUAU